AUGCAGAGAUCACUGAAGGUACUAUUCAUCUUCGUCCUACCGUGUUCUGCUGCUGAGGUUGCAUAUAAGAUAUGGUGGUACGCCUCUGGUGGAACACGCAUUCCAUUUUUGGGAAAUGCCAUUGUGAGUGAUACUGUCGCACGCUUCCUUGAACUCUGCUCAUGGUUCUAUAGGACGGUGGUCUUUUUCAUAGUAUGUGUUCUCUUCCGUCUCAUCUGCUACCUUCAGAUUCUCCGUCUCAAAGACUUUGCUGAGUUGUGCUCUGUAAGUCUUCUUGCCGGGCUUAUGAUACUAUUACGAAGUGCGACCAGAAUUACACACGAGGCACUAGCUGUGACAUGCCUUGCGGCUAAGUGGCACGUAGGUGCAACAAUCGACUCGUUUGACACAGCCGAAACUGAGACUCCAGUAGCAUCUGGAGCUGCCAAUCAAAUAUUUCCUGCGAGUUCUGAUGGCUCAUCAGACAUUGAUGAUGUUGGCGACGAAGAAGAUGAACUCGACCACUCAAAAUUUGUCAUGUCAUAUGCCUACAGCACUCUCUCAUUUCAGAAAAGACAAGCCUUGGUUACAUACUUUGAGAACAAUAGAGCUGGGAUUACAUUAUAUGGCUUCAUUCUCGACAGAACUUCGCUUCACACCAUAUUUGGUAUAGGGAUGUCUCUUGUUCUGUGGUUUGCUUGGGAAGACAAUUAG